AUGGACGGGCUGGGCUUAAAAUUUAAGCCCGUAUUAAAACCGGCUAAACGGUUAGCCCGUUUAGGCCCGAGGCUGAUCCGGGUUGGUACGGGCCACCCCGGCGGCCGCAGGGGGAAUGGGACUCGUGGGAGCCGAGGGGGGCGGGCAGCGCCGCAGGGGGAACCGGGACUCGUGGGAGCCGGAGGGGGGCGGGUAGGGCCGCAGGGGGGAACCGGGACUCGUGGGAGCCGGAGGAGGGCGACAGGGCCGCAGGGGGGAACCGGGCGUGGGAGCCGGAGGAGGGGCGGCAGGGCCGCAGGGGGAACCGGGACUCGGCCGUGGGAGCCGGAGGGGGCGGGCAGGGCCGCAGGGCGAAAGGCGUAG